AUGCACGAGUCGGACACGGAGAACGGAAACGAGGCUGGACCUGGAACGAUAAAAACUGUUUCGUCGAAAGAUGAACUGCCAAAUUCAAUCAUUAUCACACAAGUCCCUGAUGAGGUAUUCAAUAAUCCUGUCGAGAAACGAAAUUUUUGCGAAAUGUUCAAUGACAUUGAUGAGAAUAUUCAUUUCGAUUUUUUGAAAAGCUUUCGGCGAAUACGAAUCAUUUUCAGUACCCCAGAAAAUGCAACAACAGGCAAAUGUCGAGUCGAGCAUUUCUCUUUCAAAGGAAUUCAAUUGAAAGCCUACUUUGGACAGAGAGUAUUGUUGCGAUCAUCGUCCGGGGCUUUACUUCAGCCACCACCUCUCGAGAAACAAUUCCUGAUCAGUCCACCGUGCUCGCCACCGGUUGGAUGGGAACAAAUGAGGGAAAUGGCGCCCGUUGUCUGCUCCUUUGAUUUAAUGGCCCGUUUAGCUGCUUUCGCCGUCGAUGAAGAAUAUAAAGUGCACGACUCUGGGGACACGGGAGCGCCGUCGAUAAUCGUGUCACCUUGUGAGACGCCGUUAGAUGCGCCAUCAAAGAUCGAAAUGCCGCGCACACCUAGACCGGGUACACCAAAUGAUGGCGAAGAGCCGAUUGAACCUCUCGAAACAAAU